AUGUGGAGACGGACGACAGCCUCCCGAACUUCCACGCGAUUGGUUUAUUGUUCGACAAGCAGAUGUGGGAUUCGAGGAGCUUCACCACCUCGACGGACGGCGUGGAGACGCCUGCAGACACGAGGCUUGAGGGCAAUCAGGAGUCCCAAAUUAGAGGGUCGGUGCCCCUCUUCUGCGCGGCCUCCGUCAGCUUCAGCAUGGCGUCAUAGAGCCGCCGCCGCUACGCCGUCAUCCGACUGCCAGAACCUAGAUUCUGGAGGAAAUCGUGGCGGAGGUUUUUACUGCCAAAAUUUUGACCGAGAAGCGACUUAUGCAAGGAUUUUGUUCCUCGAAAAUCUGCUCUUGAUUGGCUCCAGCAAUCUGAAUCCUUUUCUUGCUCUGAACAGUGGGAAGAAGGACUUCUCGACCGCGAUUUUGGAGAGCAAGAAGGCGGCUAAUCAACUAAUUGUAGAUGAGGCUGUCAAUGGUGACAUCUGA